AAUACACAAAAAUAGGAACACAUAAACUAACUUGAUUGACAUUUCACACAAUCAAAGACCGCAUUAGUUUAACCUUGCAAGUUGCAAGCAAGAAGUAGGGCGGGUAGGUAGUUCAUGUAAUUGGUGCUGCGCAAUCUUCCGCAGCGUUUUAUCCGUGACUCUCAUCUCUUCCGCUUCCACCACUCCGUUCACUUCACCGAUAACCGCUCUCUUUCUCUCUUCUCUUCAGAGCACAUUGCAAACAGUGGCGGUGCCGCCGUUGGACCUUGAUGGGUCCCCUUUCGCUGUCCGUCAUGCUGCAGGACUCUGCCAUUUCAUCACCAGAUGCUUGUACUAAGAGAAAACAGAACAUGCUUCUGAGAAAUUCUUUUGCAUCAGUUACCAUUGGAGAGGAGAAGCCCUUUGACUUCUUACGCACUUUAUUUGAGGGUGUUAUUGCUGGAGGUACAGCUGGAGUUGUUGUUGAAACAGCUUUAUACCCAAUUGACACUAUAAAAACACGUCUACAGGCUGCUCGUGGAGGAGAAAAACUAUUAUUGAAAGGGCUUUAUUCUGGAUUGGCAGGGAACCUUGUUGGCGUCUUACCGGCGUCUGCUCUAUUUGUUGGAGUUUAUGAACCCAUGAAACAGAAAUUGCUGAGGAUAUUUCCUGAAAAUCUGAGUGCUUUUGCUCAUUUAACCGCAGGUGCCAUAGGGGGCAUUGCCGCUUCAUUGGUUCGUGUCCCGACUGAGGUUGUUAAGCAACGAAUGCAAACUGGGCAGUUUGCUUCAGCUUCUGGUGCUGUUCGAUUUAUUGCUGCUAAGGAGGGCUUUAAAGGAUUUUAUGCCGGGUAUCGGUCGUUUUUAUUGCGGGAUUUGCCUUUUGAUGCCAUUCAGUUUUGCAUCUAUGAGCAGAUUCGAUUAGGUUAUAUGCUUGCGGCACGAAGAAAUCUGAAUGAUCCAGAAAAUGCAGUUAUUGGUGCAUUUGCAGGUGCACUAACUGGAGCUAUAACUACCCCCCUUGAUGUCAUCAAGACAAGGUUAAUGGUUCAGGGAUCUGCAAACCAGUAUAAGGGAAUCGUUGAUUGUGUUCAAACCAUUAUGAAGGAAGAGGGACCUCGUGCCUUUCUGAAGGGCAUUGGGCCAAGGGUACUAUGGAUAGGCAUAGGUGGUUCAAUAUUCUUUGGUGUCCUUGAGAGUUCAAAACGUUUUCUUGUGGAGAGGCGUCCUACACUAGCUCAGCACUCAAAGUCAGAAAGAAACAAAGAUUAAGAAGUUUUGUCCUAGUUUUUUUUUUUUCACUUUCCUCUUUGUGCCUCUUCUCGCUAGUGCAUUUUUUUAUUUAAAUAUAUACUUUUUUCGUAUCAAGUUUUCAAUUUUAAGUGUUGGGACCAAGAUUGUAUCUGAUAAGUUCCCUUCCUGCUUUUCAUAAAAAAAGUUCCCUUCCUGGUUGUUCGGGGGCUGUAAUUUUGCUCAA